UGACUGAUUAUACUCCGUGUGGGUUUCCGCUGCUGCGCAGUGCGCAUGCGCAGUCCCAGCAGCAUCAGUUCCCCAGUGGUCGCCAGAGCGAGAGGAGGUAGUGUCUGACUCUGUCUGAACCUGCAGCAGCUCCAAGUGUUUCCCUGCUCCUGAGGCUAGUGACCUCAACUGCAACCGCAAGCCAUGAAUUACCAACGUGAUCUAUUAGAGUCGAGUCCGAUUUGUCCGUGAAGUCAACAUGCGGUGAUCGUGAUGUACUAUUUACGGAGGAAAGCUGCAUUCUCCAGGUUCAGGUUAAGGCCUACUUGUUAGAUCCCCAUCCUCGUCUCAACAGAGUCGCAUCGUGAUGGCUGAUGACCAGCAGCAGUCUGGAGCUGGAGCAGUACCUUUACCUUCCGCGGUUCAAGGAAUGCAAGGGGCUGAGGCGAAUGCGUUGCAGCUAAAAAUAAAGAACUCGAUCUGCAAAACCGUACAAUCAAAGGUGGAUUGCAUUUUGCAAGAUGUGGAGAAGCUUACAGACAUUGAAAAACUCUACCUCUAUCUCAAGUUGCCUUCUGGACCAAGCAGUGGCAAUGAGAAAAAUGAGCAGAGCUCCAUGUCAUCAAGUCGUACCCAGCAGUUGCACGCAUUUAGCUGGAUUCGCAACCACCUUGAGGAACAUCCUGAAACAUCGCUGCCUAAACAAGAAGUCUACGACGAGUACAAGAGUUACUGUGAUAGCCUGGGGUAUCACGCUCUCAGUGCUGCAGACUUUGGAAAGAUCAUGAAGAACGUCUUUCCCAACAUGAAGGCACGUCGACUUGGCAUGCGAGGCAAAUCCAAGUAUUGCUAUAGUGGACUUAGGAAGAAGGCUUUUGUACACAUGCCAUCUCUUCCCAACCUAGAUCUUCACAAAUCAGGUGAUGCGUGUGAAGUGUUUGAACAUACUGGUCAACUGUCCAGUGCGGAAGAUGAGGUGCGCAUGGCCGCAUGUGGGUUGGUGUGCGAGUGGGCACAGAAAGUGCUGAGUCGGCAGUUUGACAGCGUUGAGGAUCUGGCUCGAUUUCUUUUGAACAGCCACUAUAUUGGAACUAAGUCUGUGGCUGCUCUUACUGUGAUGACCGGUUCCCCCUCAGGAGCAAAAUUGUCCAUUCAGUCAUCUGCAUUUGCUCCCACAACCGAUGCACACUCAUUCCAACCUCAGGUUAAAACCCUGGUCUCACCCUCCGUAGAUGCCAAACAGCAGCUACAAAGGAAGAUCCAGAAGAAGCAGCAAGAACAGAAACUGCAUUCUCCACUCCCUGGUGAAGCUCAGGCCAGGAGGGCAGAUGGGGGCAUAACUCCUGGGGUAGGGACAGGCAUACCCUGUGGAAGUCCUGCUCUUCUUUCACCUCAACCUAUUGGAAUUGUGGUUGCAGCUGUUUCCAGCCCUAUCACGGUUCAGAGGAGCAGGCAGUUGUUGUCUCCUAGUCCUGUUCCCAUGGGAGCUGCAGACAGCAAAGUUCUUCCUGUAAACUUUCAAAUGGUUACCCAGUCAGUGCAGCCUGUGAAGCAGUGCCCCAAGACACCUCGUAAUAUCUCGGCUAGUCCGAUAAGCGAUCGGUCAGCCCGUCACCGGUAUGCCCAAAUCCUGCCCAAGCCAUCUGCCUCAAGUGGCAUAACCCUGCGCUCACCAACAUUGCUUAUCACCAACAGCCCCAUCAAGACAGUAAUGUCAACUCCGCACGUCAGUUCGGUCAAUGUAGUUAAGAUGACGACCAUAUCUCUGGGCUCUAAUGGCAGUGGGAUCAGCACACCUGCUGAUACUCCUGCCAGCAACAAAGUCAGACCCGCAUCUGCUGGAGUUGCCAGCCUCAAUGACGAUCCACAGCCAGUUACGCGUGUUCGCAGUGGGUCUAUAGCGGCAAUGCCAUCUAUUUUGGCAAGGUCAGGGCGCUCAACAUCCACGAUCCCUGCCAUCGACACUAAAACAAAUACUGAAGCCAUAAUUGGAAGUGGUCAAGAGCACGGUGGUACGAGUAGACUGGCAACUCUGGACACCGUUUGUGGUGUACAGCGGUCAGGGAUAUUCAAACCCAGAGUGGCUAGCAUACACACUCCUCUUGACAAGGGCUCUCUGGGAUUGGACACUUUAACAGGGACCAAAUGCAAUGAGAGGACACUCCUUAGUGUCAAUACUCUGGCUGCUGGCAGCAAUAAUAUGUCCAACACUAAUAAAAGCACUUUGUACCAGAACACAAAUAGCACUCAGUCAAACAGUGGUAAUGCGGUUGUGACAUCACCCAAAGAUGCAGUGUUGGCAUCCAAGAGCCCUCACAAAAGACCUGGCUUAUGCACUGAUUUGAGCCCAACACCUGUUAAAAAAGCCCACAUUUCUGUGCUACCAGCAGGUGGAUCCGAUGGACUGAAGUCGAAUGUAAUGGUGAAGCAAAUUCCAAGAUCAAGCACUCCUAUAAGGCCAGAAAGUGCACCUCUCACAGCCACAGGCAAAGCUACUGCAUGUCUGGUCAGGAAUACUGGCUUCCAGACAGUUCGCAGGCCUCAAAGCAUCUCCCAGGGAAGAUGGCAAGGAGCUUCAUCAGUAAGGGAUUAUAGAGUUUCUGUCACCUCUACAGCAAGUCAGGAUACUUCAGUGAGGAAUACCAUGUUUCAAACUGUUUGCAGACCUCGAAGCAUCUCCCAAGGGAGAUGGGAAGGAUCUUCAACAGGUGUCGAAGUUAGAGCUGUGGUCACCCGAACUGUUAGCGCUCCAGGUCAAGCUUUGCUACAACAAGUAACCAAAAACUCACAGGAUUUGCUUAUAGACCAGUCUGACUCUUCUGCAGCAUGUGAACUGAAGAGUGUAUUUUGGGAUAGUGAGCUGCAACAUGGUACUCAACAACAUCAGGAAGUUUAUGGCCUGCAAAUGGUGUCUGAGCCAAAGCAAAUGUCCACCCCAGUGAUGGAGCCCCUUCCUGCAAUUGCUCGAGCCUCUCCUUCCAACCAGCAGGCUCAAAUGAGUGACUAUGGAACCCAGGCCAACCUUAGCUACUUUCCAUUUGAUGAUGACAUGACCCAGGAUAGCAUUGUUGAGGAACUUGUACAAAUGGAAGAGCAGAUGAAAAUUAACAAUAGCAUACAAAGUUUCAGCAACUGUGUGGAUAAUUCACUGCAAGGCCAGCAACAAACCAUGCAGACUACCAUGAUGUCUUCCCUCCAGACCAACACCCUGUAUUACAGCUCUGCUCAUAGCAGCAGCACCCCAAUCCAAACACCCACUCCUACACCUACUCCUACUUCUGAGAUGAUAGGAAGUGGUCACGGUAUGAUGCACGAAAGCCCCUGUUCACGCUUAGCCCCAACCACUCCGGUCGACAGCGCUCUUGGAAGUAGUCGACAAACACCUAUUGGCACGCCACACUCCAACUGCAGCAGUAGUAUCCCACCAAGCCCUGUGGAAUGCAGGAACCCUUUUGCCUUUACUCCUAUUAACUCCAGCAUCACUGGAUACCACGAUGGAAGUACCGUCUCCUCAAGCCCUGUAAAGCCCAUGCAAAGACCAAUGGCCACACAUCCAGAUAAGACUAAACUGGAAUGGAUGAACAGUGGGUACAGUAACAGUGGUGGGAACACCAACAAUGGCAUUAGCAUUCUGCCCACCUACCAAGACCUAGUAGAUGACCACUUUCGAAAGCCUCACGCCUUUGCCAUCCCGGGCCAGACCUGUCAGUCUCAAACCAGACAUCAUGACACUCAUAUCAGCCGCCUGACACCCAUUUCGCCCGUCCAACAGCAAGUGGCAAGCAUGGCUAGCCUCAACAAGAAAGAGGGUUUUGCUGUUCCAGCACCCCUUGACAACAGGGCCAGCUCAGGGUCUGGAACAUUUCGAUGCCGCAGCGUUAGCCCAGCAGUCAGGCAGCGCAACUUGAGCGGGACCCAAAAUCCCAAUGUUCCCCACUCUGUGGUCUCUCCUUUCAACUCACCUGUAACACCUGAAGUGCUAAACAUCUUUUCUAACAGUGACCCUGAUGCAAGCAUCAGCAGCAUGGCACAGAGGAGUCAGUCUGUUCCAGUCACCGUGAUGAUGCAGUCUGAGGUUCUACCCAUGCAAGCAGGCCAGCAGAUGAAUACCAAAAACAUCACCAAUGUCCUCAUCAACAAAAUGGAUGGCGAUGGAGAUGACUCUGUGCGUGGCAUCGGAAUCAACAACAUGCCGUCCAACUACACUGCCCGCAUGAAUCUUACCCAGAUUCUGGAGACCACCACAGUGCUCAGCUUUCCUGGUAGUGCCAGCCACCAAGCUCUGAUCUCGCCUUGUUCAUCAGCCUUUGAGUCCCAGAAGCCUGGUUACCUCAUGAAAAAUGCCAGAGAGGAGCUGAUGAGCUUCUCUGUAGACGAAAGCCAAGCACAAUCAGCCUCAGGGGAGCACCAGCCGCCACAACAGCAGCAGCACUUAGGCAGACGGCAGCUCCUUGGGCAGGGACAGCAGAGUCAGGCAAUGCUGUUGCCUCUACAGCAAAACCUCCAACAACAUCAGCACCAGCAACCCUUGGAUUUAGACAGAACUGUUAAAGAUCUUUUACAUGAGGAAAGCUUGAAUGCUGGCUCACAGCUUGUGGGUCAAGGAUCAGAGCUCAGUGCUGGGAGUUCAGAGUUUCCCAGCGAUAUGCGACUAACCUCUGAGCUUACCGGUAGCAUAAAUGACUUAAAUACAUUGGACACCAACCUUCUUUUUGACCCCAGUCAACAGCAAGGACAAUAUGAAGACUCGACACUGGAAGAACUGAAGAACGACCCACUUUUUCAACAAAUAUGCAGCGAGACUGUGAAUUCUGCAGGCUUUGACUGGUUGGAGAGCAAAGACCAGGCAACAGUGGAAAUGUUGGGUUAAUUUGUGCUUUUGUGUUGUUUUGCUAUUUGGAUGGGUUUCUAUGUAUGUAUUUUUGAAAUCUCAUCAACGUAUGUAUUCGUCUUGUCGUGCAGCACCUACUGCUAUAAGCCCCUGGAUGUCACAACACAGGUCCAUAUUGAAGUGCCAGGCUUAACAGAAAUGAUUGCCCUUUCAAGAUUGCUGGUUCUUUGUCUCAAUGGUUAGUGAGAAACAGGCUAAACUAGAAGUACUGUCACAUUUGUCCUGCUCUUUCUCACCAGUUUUGCAAGAAAACACGUCAGAGCUUUACAUAAGAAGUCAUCUGAGAAAUUUUUAUGCCUCUACACUGUUUUGUGCAUUCAGUGACACAACUUUUAUAUAACCCUUUGAACAUUUUGCAGUAAAAGGGCAUUGUAUGGAAGAUUGGAAAAUAACUUCUUUUUAACCCUUUAUCUUAAAGAAAAAUAUUUGUAUUUUGAGGUUACACCAGCUAUAUGAGGUACUGUACCUCAUCUAAUUAGCUUUUUCACUCUGUAAACAAAAUCGGUGCUUCCAUGUGCAGAAAAUCUGCUUUGAACAUGAUGAACAUCUGUAUUGUCUUUCAGUAAACAAAUAAUAAGGGAAGAUCCCAUUAGCAAUGUUAAGCUUUCAGGUGAUGCUUAAUAUUGAAAUACAGCAGCUUAUACCUGCAGCCGCUGUUUACAAAGUAAUAACUUAUUGCACACAAAUGUGCCACCAUGUUGGAAUUCGUAACGUGAGCCAGUAAGCAAUUUACAUUUGCAGCUUUAUUCUUAUUGUCAACCACUAUGUCAGUUGGGAAGUAUGCAUCUACUUGCACAAAAUCGCUUGUUACGUUAAAUGAAUAAAUGAGUGCACUUUUGGAAUUUAAAUUUACUUAUGCUAAUAUUUAACUAAAUUGAAAGGUAAAAAUAUUGACUCGUGUAGGGUUUUUUCCCCCUAAGCUGCAUCUCAGGUUUCCCCAACCUCUAGAUUGGAAGAUAUCAAUCAGAUUUUAUCCAAUAGAACAGGCUGAUGAAUAAGCACGGCACUGGUUAUUGCACUAGCUGGCACCUUUAUAUUGCAUUUACAAUUUGAAUAUGGUUUUAAAAUGGAAGAAUUAGAAGGAAAAAUUGGUUGGGUAAUCAUAACUAAUGAAACCAAAAUGCCAAAGUGGAGUAUUGUUGUGGGAAAAAAAAAAGUUAUAGGACAGUUGUCAAACUAUCCCAAAUGUUUGUUUUAUUGUUAACUAUGCAUUUAUGUGGCCAAGAAAUAGAUGGGUAGCCACUUUUCUGACUCUUUUAAUUUUCCCCAAUGUCAUUUGGCAGUUUGCAUAAAUGAGAUUCAUUGAAGUAUAUAUUCUCUCGUGCACAUGCCUUGUUUUGGCAUUUUCAACGACUGUUUUAUACUUGAGCACUUCAUUCAGGAACUUCUUUAUAACGCACUAAUAAAGAGCCUUUACCCCUUAAUCAAAGUAUCGCACCAGCUGUAAAAACAUCAGGAAACUGAAAAUACCCAGAUCACAUUACAAAUAAAUGAGCUCAGUGCUAAUAUCAUCAGAUAGCCCCCUGCCCCCACUCGCUUUGAAAGCUGGAAUGAAGACAUUUAAUUCAAAGGGCCAUUACUGUACCAUGUUGUACUGAGGUACUUGAUUAGUAGUCUGCUUUCAGAAUCUUACACUUUGAUACACUUUGUUGCUGAGUGUGGUAGUUAUUGAAUUCCAUCUUAGCCUUACUUCCAUACCAAAGACAAGUUUUGUAAUUACUGAGAAAAAAUAGAAGGACUUCUACCGUUUUAGUAUCACCACUUUCAGAUUCAAUUCUUACCCCAGUUUUUAAGCAUGUUUUAAAAUGCAUUUAUGAAAAUGUCACCCAGGAUUAAAUGGGGCCAAGAUUGUGGGGUUGAAAAGGGAAUUUGUUUUAUGCAUAAUUGUCAUUUGCAUACGACCACUGUAGCACUUGAAUUUUAUUUACAUGACAUGUCAGAUUUCAUGCUUCUGGGAUUUAUAGCAGGACAGUUCUUAGGAGAUGAAGAAAGUCCACAAUGGAAUUUCUGUUUGUUGUGACGCUCUGUAAAUAAGCUCCAUUUAUAAAAGGAAAAAAU